AUGGGUGCUCACAAGAUCGGCUCAUAUAUCAUACAUUAUCGGCAAAGGAAGAAGGAAGCGGCUGAAGACGAGAGACGAAGACGGCUGGAAGACGCAAAGAGGCGUCCAGACAUCAUCGAUCCAUCCUGGGAAAUACUUGGUUACAAAUCGCCACGACCUGAACAGAGCAUAGACAAUUCGAUCGACCAUGACCAUAGGGCUGCCACCUUCUCAUCGUCAGCAAAGGACGACUGGCUGUUCCAGGCCCGGCGAGCGAGUACUAUGCCCGGAGACUACCAGCUCCAGCCUUAUUGCGAAGUGACACCCAAAUCUUCAAUUUCGAGCAGCAAGUCUGCUGCGAGUGACCAGACAUGCGAUAUGGGCUGGGGUGAGCCGUCCAUCACUGCUCGACCAAGACCCCAGUCAUACCUUCCAUCAGCAGCGUCGGCAUCAUACUCAAUGUCGAUGAUGAAUCUACACGGAGGUUCUGUCCCUCAAAAACAAAGACAUGAUUCACCCAACCACAAUCAUUUGGAUCAACAAAGCUUGCCGUUCCACGACGACAGCAGUUCAAAGAGAGCAAGCUACCGUCUUGAGGCAUGUUUGACGAAACCUUUCAGCAUCAACGAUCCUUUGGACUUCCCAUCAGAACCUCUCCACAAUGGCACUGAUGAUCAGCAGCCUGAACCAGACUUUGACGGCGCUCAUUGUCAGGACGACAGCGACGCACCGAAACGUUGUGACGGCCUCGUGGCUUGA